UUAAUAAUUUAUUUCGGGUGUUCGGUCAAAAACGCAAAUACUUUUUUUGUUAAUUUCCACUUUAACACAUUACAUGGCAACUGCUAAAAAAUGAAAUUUCAUGUUAGCAGACUACGUUUGGAAUUCCUGAAAAGGAUUUUUCGCCUUUGAAACUUUCGAAAAUGGCAAACCUCACUGAACCUAUCCUUCGAACUCGGUUUACUGACAUAUCAGCUGCUUUGUUCACAUCACAAAACUCUGAAUGUAAAGACUUUGAAUUGAGAUAUGUAUAUUGCUUGGAGGCUUAUGGUAAAUCUUUGGGUGAGUCUAAAUGCAAAGACCUGAAAGAAGACUUGCGUGAAUGUGUCUUCAAAAUCAAGCAGUUGUCCAGAGUUUACGCAAUCAGUAAUGAACGUUCACGUCAAUUGAAAUCUGGUGAACUCAAACCAGAAGAAACCUAUGGACCGAUACCAAAACCUGAUAGCUACUGAAGCAGCUGAAGGAAUAGAAUAAAGGAGAAAUCCUGCUUAGAUAUCUCUAGUAUCUUUCAAAGGCUUUGUACAGGUGUUGAAGUACACUUUAUAAACUGAA